AUGCAGCAGCCCUCGGUAUCAGAGCCAGACCCGUCAGAGCAGUACUCAAAGAGACGCUGCACAGCGAUGUGGUGCACCGUGGCUUUACACGCUCUGUCCAUCAUCAUCCUGCUGAUCGGCCUCAUGGCUGCUACCCGCACUGGAAAUGUGGCAGUGGCUGGUUACUACUCCGGCAUCAUACUGAGCUUUGGCACCUUCUUGGGCAUCGUUGGGCUCAAUGUGGUGGAGAAUCGCAGACCCAUGUUGGUGGCCUCCAUCAUUUUCAUCAGCCUGGGUGUGAUCUCCUGUUUCUUCUGCGCCAUCGUGGACGGCAUCGUCGCCGCCGAGUAUAUCGACAGGAGACCGCUAAUGGAAGGAAGGUGCGAGUUUUAUGCCAGCAGCUCAGGUUAUGCGUAUGACAACUACUACACCGAGGUUAUGUGUCAGAAUUAUAACCAAGACUGCAAGCUGAAGGUGAAGUCAAACACCUGUUACUGCUGUGAUUUAUACAGCUGUGAGAGCCCAGGAUACCACGCACAUUACUUUGAGUUCACGGGUGUGAGCAGCUGCUGGGACGUGGUGCAUCUGUACAGGCUGCUGUGGUCUGACGUGGUGCUCAACGUGCUGGGAGUUUUCCUGGGAAUCAUCACUGCCGCCAUACUGGGAGCCUUCAAGGACCUGGUUCCAGCUGUUCCAUCCCAGAUGUCUCCGCGGCCCGCUGCUCCACCGCACAUCCUCUAUAAUCCCACACAGCAUGUGGUCACCUACGCAGGAUUCUGCCCAUCUGGACAAGCCCUUCCUGCUUACCCCAAUUAUCCAGUGCCCCUGCAGCACCUGAACAGUUACCCCGCAGCAAGCCCUUCUCAGCCCAGCCCCGAGGUGCCUGUGUCUCCAUCAGAAGAGAGCCAGCCUCAGCCCAGCAAUAGCAACCCUGCAGUUCCAUCCCAGUCCAGCUGUCCAGACACCUCAGGCUACAUGCUCACUCCAAACGCACCCUCACUCUAUCCACACUCAUUAGGGCCUUUUGAAAAGCCUCCACCCUAUGCCUGCUGAAGGACUUCAUUAACCAUUCCAUGGAAACAGAGGUUACAAACAGUCCUGGUCUAACAUCGUCAGUAUUUAGAAGUGUAGAAUAAGAUGUUGCCUUUUUAUGAUUGAUGAUUAUAAACAACAUGAACUGAGGAAAUUAUUCAUUAGAACUAAUUCUGAUUUUAGCACUAGUCACAGCCAGAUCUGAUACUGACUCUGUUUUAUCCCUGUUAGCCACCAGGGGCAGGGAGAAUCACCUGGAUAACUUCACACGCAUCUCCAGACCUUCUGGUAAAGUCAUGUAGUCAAGUAUCACGCAUUAUUUGUAAUAAACACCACAGUCAUACAGCCAUCUCACUUUGCACAAAGUUCAGACCUUCUAUACCUUUGUUGUUUUUUCGGCUGCUCCAUGUUCAGGGUCGCCACAGCGGAUCAUUUGGUCCAAAUGUUUUGAUUUGGCACAGGUUUUUUGCCCGAUGCCCUUCCUGGCGCAACCCUCCCAUUUUAUCCGGGCUUGGGACCGGCGCUGAGAGUUAACUCUUUAGAGGCUGGGUUAGCUUUCUGCAAUAAGAAUGCAGGGUCGUGCCGCUGGACCACCAGGAGGCUCCGACCCUAUAUUCUUUUAUACUACAUAAUUCCAUUUAGAGCUAGUUGCUUAUACCUGCAUAUAACUUGUUAACGUUCUCUGUCUGAGAGUUAGCUCUACAUACUGCUGUGGUGGUGUUGCUCAGUAUUAAAACUCACCUUGGGUUUUCCUUCAGUGUCAUCUCUUUAGAGCUAUUCAUAUCUCCCAAAGUCUAAUAUGUGUGCUGCUAGCAUGGUUCAGUUCUCUACCACACACUUUCUUCAUGAGCUUACCAAGAAGUCUGCUGGACUCCACUAACAUGAUACUGCUGCUGGAGUAGAGUUCCCAUUUUACUCAACUGGCUAAUGUCUUUAUCCAAACUUUUCCAACUGACAGCUGAACAGGUUAACGGUUAAGGGCCCUGCCCAGGGGCCCAGACAUGCCAGCUUCUGAUCAUUAGCCCAGUGCUUUUACCACUCAGGCAUCCCUGCAUCUUCACCUGUCUUAUUCACGCCUUUAUCUUUCUGCUGAGUUAAGGAUUUCCCACACUUUCCACCACCUAACAGAAUGGUAGAACAGUACGUUCCAUUCUUUAUUACAUUUCCUUAACUGUACACAGCAUUUGAUGCUAAGCCCCAGCAUCCUUAGCCAGAUUCCCUACACUCAGGCUGAAGUUGCUAAGCACUGCUAGCAUGAUUCAGGAGGCACUCGGUCCCACAUUGAACUCAGAGACAAGAACAGGCCGCAUAAUUCUGGAACCAGGCUCAGAAGGGAACCUCCUCCUCAUUUGGGUGGCACUGGACAGUAAAUAAUUUCCCUUCUACAACAGUUUACAGUUACGUGGAUUUGUGCAACCAAGAGGAACUAAUAUGUCAGAACCAAACAAUGACCCGGUGAAUAAUUUCAAGGGCAAGAUGGCUGCAUGUCAGUGGUAUUUAUUACAUGUUCUGUCACUGCAUCCCUCUAUGACUGUGUUAGGUCUGAGUAUGGGUGUUUACCUACAUAAGGAGGUAUCAAGGUGAGUCUCACUGUCCCUAGUAGUUAGAGCUGGUAAGCCCUGGUUACGUAUUCUUCUGCAGGGGCAAUUACUCAAAACACCAUAUUAAUCCUACAAAAUUAACUUUAAAAUCCAUUUUGGCUUCUAAUAAAAGCACUGUAGGAAAUGAAACAUCAGAUCCACGCUGCACUACAUAAUAUCCAGACCAAAGAAUGCUUUGCUGCUCUACACGGUACAGAGCACAAACACAGUCUUAUUACAAC